AUGGCGCUGCCAGCCAGGCUUUCGGAGGCCUUGCGUGCUGCGGGGGCGCUUUGCCUCCUCAGUAUCUUUCUGCAGCGCCUGACAAGCGAGCCAGACCCGCGAGACGUGCUGACGUGGGCAUCGACAACAGUGCCGGACACCACGCGUCGAAUCAUCGAUCUUGUUGUCAAAGUGCCCGGCCGCCUACACAUAUCUCUGUCUGCUGAGAUUGACCUUCAUGGUUUGGACGGCAAGGGGGCCCACAAGGCUGUACAACACUUGAAAAACGAGCUUGCAGAGGAGUUCUUCCACCAGCCUGGCGUUCAGCACCUAUGGGAUGAGGUGAAGGAUGUGGCACCGAGCUCUCAAAAAAGACGGAGAUUCCAUUGA